UUGACCUGACGUCUCGCCUCCACAUCCCAACGCCCCCCAAACCCUAGCCGUCGCCGGGCGCGCCACCGCCAUGGCCGACCCAGCCGCCGCCGCCGAGUUCGGGGAGCCCGACGCGCUGCCCGCGCCGGACGCCGAGGAGGCUGAGGCUGAGGCCGAGGCCGCGGAGGUGGGGGCGGAGGAGGCGGUCCCGGCGGCGAAGAGGUGGCCCGGGUGGCCCGGGGACAGCGUGUUCCGCCUCGUGGUGCCGGUGCUCAAGGUCGGGAGCAUCAUCGGGAGGAAGGGGGAGCUCAUCAAGCGCCUCGUCGAGGAGACCAAGGCCAGGGUCCGCGUCCUCGAGGGCCCGGUCGGCGCCACCGAGCGCAUUGUUCUUGUGUCUGGGAAAGAAGACCCUGGGUUGGAGCUUCCUCCAGCUAUGGAUGCUCUGAUGAGAGUUUUUAAGCGUGUCAGUGGAAUAACAGAUGGAGCUGCUGAGGGCACCCAGGUAGCUCCUGCACCUGGUGUAUGUGCUGCCCGUUUGUUGGUUCCUGGAGCUCAGGCAAUUAACCUAAUUGGGAAGCAAGGUGCUUCAAUUAAGGCGAUCCAAGAGGGAACUGGUGCUACGAUACGGGUUAUAUCAAUAGAUGAGCGAGAGCGACCUUUCUAUGUAAUUGAUGACGAAAGGAUAGUUGAGAUCCAGGGGGAAACAGAGAAAGUCCUUAAAGCGCUUCAAGCAGUUUCUGAUCAUCUCCGGAAGUUUUUGGUUGACCAUAGUGUACUUCCAUUGUUUGAGAAGACUAAUGCCACGGUACCUCAAGAUCGCAGCACUGAUGCUUGGAGUGAUAUAUCACAUCCUUCAAUUGUUUCUGCUCAAGUAAACCAACCACCCCCUGUGGUCGAUGAAUAUAUUCUUCCAAUAAAGAGGGACCCUCUGUUUCUUGAACGGGAGCCAUUGGUAGUAGAACACAAUAUCCAUCGAUCAGGUGUUUCACUUUAUGGGCGGGAUCCUGCCCUGUCAACGUUACGAACCUCUGGAAUACAUGGUGGUGCACCUGGUGGCUCUCUACUUUCACAGAUAACUCAAACAAUGCAAAUCCCGCUUACCUACGCUGAAGACAUAAUUGGAGUGAAAGGAGCAAAUAUUGCAUUCAUACGAGCUAACAGUGGCGCUGUUGUCACAAUUCAAGAGAGUUUAGGGAGCCCUGAUGAUAUAACUGUUGAAAUGAAGGGGACAUCAUCACAAGUACAAGCUGCCUACCAGCUCAUCCAGGAAUCUCUGGCUGCACAUAGGGACUCUGUCAGGAGCAGCUAUGCAGGAUUAGAUCCAGUAUAUAGGCCAAGCUACUCACAGUAUGGCAGCUCGACUUAUCCGUCAUCGUCAUUGCCAUCCUAUUCCAGCAUGGAUGGAGGAGGUGGAUAUUCGUCUUCAGGUCUCGGUGGAUAUGGGUCAUCUUACCGGUACUAGUGACAGUUAGGCGUUGAGCUGUUGCCGCCCUGUAUCCAUUUCUGGGUGAUCCUUGUACUAAGCCAACAAUAGAUGUUUUGAUGGCUUGUGUUCUUCUCGGCUGUAGUUCUACAUGAAUCUGCUUCUGAUAGUGUGACAGGGCAUCUAAUUUAUAUCUCGUCGUUUAUGGAAAAAUGCCCCUAAUAUUUCAUAUCCCCUCUGAUUUUUUUGUUG